UGUGAAUUCGAUAGAUUAGGGCCUUAUGAAUUUAUCUCAAUUGACUGAUUUCCUUAUAUGAACUGUAACUCUGUAACUGUAAAAUCUUUUAAAUUGUUGCGUUUAUAUUUUUGUUCAGUAUAGCAGAAGCUACGAUGCCUUGCAGGAAGUAGACUGGUUGCCAGGCAAGUUCCACUCGCAAAGGAAAACUAGCUUGAAGGAGAGUAUGAUCCACUGUUGAGGACUAAACUCCACGGCGAAGGAAGUUUAGUCCGCUGCGGAGAAAACGACGCAGAAGAGAAACUUCAGCAAUUGUUUAAAAGCAACUUGCAAGUAAAGAAAGAAGCUUAUAUCCUGCAUCAAAAAUGUCAGUCGCAGGCUUCAAGAAACAAUUUUACAAAGCAAGCCAGAUGGUCAGUGAGAAGGUCGGAGGUGCAGAGGGAACCAAGCUGGAUGAAGACUUCAAAGAUCUGGAGAAGAGGGCAGAUGUCACCAGUAAAGCAGUGGUGGAUGUCAUCUCUAAAACAUCGGAGUACCUGCAGCCCAACCCAGCGUCCAGGGCCAAGCUGACCAUGCUGAACACGGUGUCUAAGAUGCGGGGCCAGGUGAAGAGCCCUGGCUAUCCCCAGGCUGAGGGGCUGCUGGGGGAGAGCAUGGCCAAGUUCGGACGAGAGAUGGGAGAGGACACCAACUUUGGUGGCGCCCUGGUGGAUGUGGGCGAGUCCAUGAAGAGGCUUGCUGAGGUCAAAGAUUCCCUGGACAUCGAUGUCAAACAGAACUUUAUCGAUCCACUGCAGGCCGUCGUCGACAAGGACAUCAAAGACAUCCAGCACCAUCUGAAGAAGUUGGAAGGCAGGCGUCUGGACUACGAUUAUAAGAAGAAACGCCAGGGGAAGAUCCCAGACGAGGAGCUGAGAUCAGCCCUGGAGAAGUUCCACGAGUCCAAAGAGAUGGCAGAGAGCUCCAUGCACAACCUGCUGGAGACUGAUGUAGAGCAGGUGAGUCAGAUGGCUUCUCUGGUCGAGUCACAACUGCAGUAUCACAAACAGGCUGUGCAGAUUCUGGAGGAGCUGACUGACAAACUCCGAGACAGGGUGAACGAGGCCCAGUCUCGCCCCAGGCGUGAGUACACUCCUAAACCCAAAGCCUCCUUUGACUACGAAGAGCAGGAGCAUUCAAAUGGAGAGUACUCCCCCUCUGCCAACCCCCCUUCAUACUCCUCAGCCUCUGAGCCAUGCGCUAAGGCCCUUUAUGACUUCGAGCCAGAGAACGAGGGUGAGCUGGGCUUCUGCGAGGGCGACAUCAUCAUGCUGACCAACCGCAUCGACGAGAACUGGUUGGAGGGCACUAUCCGCGGCCAAUCGGGAUUCUUCCCCAACAACUAUGUGGAAGUGGUGGUGCCCCUGUAACACUGACAGAACAAGAGGAGCGGGAGG